AUGUUUGGCAGAAACUUUGUUAAGCAGAAAUUGUCAGAAGGAUUGAUUUGCACUCUCUAUGUGAGAACCAAGCAUCGACUUGCUGAUAUCCUUACUAAGGGAGUUUCUAGCAAGGUGUUUGAUUCUACUCAAGCCAAAUUGGGAAUUCGAGCUAUUCUCCAGCUUGAAGGGAGUAUUGACUUGUGUAUAUUUAAUUGCACACAAGUAGAUGAUGAUUACCUUAGUUAUAGGCUGAUUCAUAGGAGCUGA